AUGGCGCCCGCGACUUAUGCCCCGGCAACGCAGGCGCCUGGCACCGUGCCUGGCACCACCACGAUUGGCGAGCCAGUCUACCUGCCACCCAUGACCGCCCCAGCGGAGGCUCCGAUGCAGACGGCCCCAGGGCAGAUGAUCACCGACGGGGCCCCGAUGCAGAUGCCCCCGGCGACCUACGGAGCUCCGAUGCAGGCGCCCGCAACAACCACCAUCGGUGAGCCGGUGUACCUGCCUCCCAUCACCGCGCCUUCCGAGGGCGCCCCUCAGAUGGCCCCAGCCUACGGCGCUCCAGCACCUGCCUACGGCGCUCCGGCCCCAGCCUACGGCGCUCCGGGGCAGAUGGCGCCUGCGACUUAUGCUCCGGCAACGCAGGUGCCUGGCACCACCACGAUUGGCGAGCCUGUCUACCUGCCACCCAUGACCGCCCCAGCGGAGGCACCGAUGCAGAUGGCCCCAGGGCAGAUGGCACCGGGCCCCUAUGGGGGCCAGCCGAUGCAGAUGGCCCCGGCCCCGGCGACCUACGGCGCGCCGAUGCAGGGCCCAGCGACCAUCGGUGAGCCGGUGUACCUCCCUCCCAUCACUGCGCCGGCCGAGGGAGCCCCUCAGAUGGCGCCUGCCUACGGCGCUCCGGCCCCAGCCUAUGGCGCUCCGGCCCCAGCUUAUGGUGCUCCGGCCCCAGCCUACGGCGCUCCAGCCUACGGCGCUCCAGCCCCUGCCUAUGGCGCUCCGACAUACGGUGCUCCCACCACCAUCCAGGCCGGUAACAUCUCAUGA